AAUCUUUCCUCAUUUCGUUAACACACACAGACACGCAACAGCACAACAAACUGGCUUCAAUUUCAAGCAACAAACUGUAACUCUAAUAAAACCAAAUUCCACAAUAAUAAGAAUUAUUAUAAUAUCAAACAUAAAAUAAAAGCCAACAUAUUAAUAAUAGAAUCAAUUGCAAAUCUAAAUUAAUUAAUAUUAAAAAAGAAAUAUUCAAAAUACUUGAAUUAAUUUGGUAGUGUUUAAUGAGCUUACUGUGUGCAUCUUUGUCUAUCGGUCGUGAAAUUAACAAACAAAUAAAAAUUCGAAAACGUAUUGAACUAACAUAAUUAUUAACCACACGAAUAUCUGUUGUCCAUGCAAAAUGUUUCCUGCCGUGCGCGUCUUGUUGUUGUGCUUCUUCUUGCUCUGACUGUAGCUUCUAACGAAAAGCAUCGUUUUAUGUGAAUUGUAUGCAAAUGAUGCACAUUGCAAGGCUAAAAUGAAACAAGAAACUGAAACUAAAAGCCAAAACUGAAACUAGAACUAUAACUUUGGAAGCCAUUAAACCAACGACUUUGAUAACAAACUUAAAUAACUGCUAACGGCAAUUGUGAAAUUGUGGAAAGUGCAAUCAAAUAAUUUUUUGCUGACAUACAAUAAACGUAGCGCCAAAGGUCAGUCAAGGAAAAUGUGUAUUAAAAAUUGCGCCCACAUUCAAUUUGGGUGCAGCGACAGCAGCAGCAACAACAACAACAACGACAGCAAUAGUAACAACAACAACAACACUUUAAACAACAACGUCAACGAAAGCAAAGAGUCAGAAGAGAACGUUAGCCGGUUAGAAUACCAAUUCCAAUUGCAAUUGCCCAGAAAAUCAGCCAAAGGCGGCAAGUUAUCGAGCUUAAAAAUAUUCAUGUGUUGUUGCUAUUUUAUCAUCAUUAUCAUGUUGAUCUAAACAAACAAAUGAAUGUAGUGAAUCGAGUAACUAAAUAAUGUUUUAAUACAACGUAAAACACUCGCUGACAACUGCAACACGCAUCAGCAGCCACGGCGAAGUUGGCCAUAAAAUAUAAUUUGAAUUACCCAACUCUGCUUAUAUGUGUAUUAGUGGUAAACUAUUUCAGUGUCUAUCUUAAUAUCGUGUAUAAAUAAUAUAAAUGUCUACGUGUGUGCUUUAAAAUCAGAUUUAACCUAUUUUAAUAGAAAAAUAUGCCAUAAAGCAAAAUAAAAUUCGAGUUCCAGUGGUCAGUGUAUAUAAAGUGUGAAAGUGUGCUUUAAUAACGAUGGCACAUUCAAUAUAAGCACCAUGCUCUCUUUAAUUUACCAUGCAAACUAAACCAACAACUCCAAUCGGCAGCCUCAUCAUAAAGGAGACAUUCUCAAUCGAAUUGUUUGGCCCACUGAAGUCACUUAAGAAACUGUCGAUCAAUCAAAACUCGCUGACGGCGCUGGAUCCCACGACCUUUGCUGAAGUGAGGAGCCUCAACUUCAUCGAUAUGCGGGGCACACAGUUCUAUGGCGUCAAGCUGGACAUGCCGUUUGAGGCACUUGUGUGCACUAACGAUGACAUUUGUCAGUACAAGUCGGAUCACUGGGAGUGCGAUCCCCACUGCAUCUGCUGGGUGCAGCACCGAUCGCUGGAGCUGGUUAUGGACUGUCGUGGUGCAGCUUUGGGUAGCUUGCCGCCUUUGCCGCACACCAGAUUGGUGACCACGGUGCUCAAGUUGAAGAACAAUAGCAUCAGCGAACUGCCAGAAUCUGGGGAAGUGAUUGGAUAUGCCAAUGUCAGUCAGUUGAAUCUGUCGGACAAUGAGCUGAGCAGCUUGGAUGCAGUGCGUCAACUGCCCGCCAACCUCACUCAACUGGAUGUGCGUCGGAAUUUGAUCAGCGUCUUGGAUCAGACUUUUAUAGAAUAUAUGCUACAAGAGAAUAAUACUAUGAACAUGUUUUUGGCCGGCAAUCCAUUGAUCUGCGAUUGCAAUGCAUUGCCUCUGCUGGGAUUUGUUCGAGCUCAGCCACAGCGCGUUUCAGACAUUGGGGAAAUCUACUGUCCCGGGUUUCCGGAUAGACCCUUUCAACAACUGGAGGUUUGGGAAUUGUGUCCCUCGUAUGUGCUGCUCAUCGGCUGUAUUCUCGGUGGCCUCGUCAUUGUGGCAUGCCUGAUCAGCGUGUUCUAUUUGAUUUAUCAGCAGGAGCUGAAGAUUUGGCUCUACAAUCACAAUUGCUGUCUGUGGUGGGUGUCCGAGGAGGAGCUGGACAAGGACAAGACCUACGAUGCCUUCAUUUCCUACUCACACAAGGAUGAGCAGAUCAUUGGCGAGCUGUUGCCCAAACUGGAGAAUGGUCUCCACGCCUUUCGUGUCUGUCUCCAUGGUCGCGAUUGGCUUGUGGGCGAUUGCAUUCCCGAGCAGAUUGUGCGUACCGUCAAUGACUCGAAGCGGGUGAUCAUUGUGCUCUCGCAGCACUUUAUCGACUCGGUCUGGGCUCGCAUGGAGUUUCGCAUUGCGUACCAGGCGACGCUGCAGGAUAAGCGCAAGCGCAUCAUCAUUAUCCUGUACAAGGAGCUGCAGCAUUUUGAUGGCAUUGACAGCGAGCUGCGUGCCUAUCUCAAGCUCAACACCUAUCUCAAGUGGGGUGAUCCACUGUUCUGGAACAAGUUGCACUAUGCCAUGCCCCACAAUCGGCGAGUGCUCAAGGGGCAGAAGAAGCAUGCGGGUCCUCUCAUCUGAUUUCGAUUAUAGACGUAGUUUCUAGGUUAACCAUAAUGGGGGUGCGGGGGUUUUAGGUGGACUUGAAUUGAUAUUGCUUCGAUUUAAAAAUAUGGUUCACGUCAUUCUUUAUGAUUAACUAAUCUUAACUUUAUUUAUGAUAAGGAAUAAGUAAGAGAUUUUUUCUAUAAAUGCCUUUAAGUUAAUAUACACGAUGUUUUCUUUUUUAAUGUUAUCUCUAACUAAAUUCUAAGAUAUAAAAAUAAAACUACAUACUAUUGUGGUUAGUGCAAUAUUGUAAUUUACGCUUACCAAACUUAUUAAAGUAUUUUCUACAUACCUCAGUUUUCUUGGCUUCUACUUCACUCAAAUUUAAUAAAACGU